AAUAGAAAGCAAUGACUCACUAAGCUGAAGCGCAGGAUUGUCAACUCCCCACACGGCGCUGAAAUUUUCGCAUUUGCCGCACUCAGACCGCCCGCCUUUUUUAAACUCGACCCUCUUUUUCUUCUCGUCCGGCCGAUGACUCUUCUUCGUUCCUAGCGAAUUGCGAUUACCAUUUCUAUUAUUUAAACUAUUUCGAAGUCGUCGAUUGUGAUUCAUUUCUUCGAACUUUUCUACUUUUGUUUCUUUUCUUUACCCUGAACGUUGAUAUCUCCCAUAUAUACUUCCCCUCUCCACUACACUUUUCUUCCACACAAUGUGUCCCGGUGCAGACCAAGAGCCCAAUGGGCAUGCCAAUGGGCAUGCCAAUGGUGCCGGUACCGCUGGUGUCAACCAGAGUGUCAACGGUGAUGCCUCCUCGCACCCCGGCUUCACUGGCGUCGAAACUCGCCAAAACCCUCACCCCUCCAGCUCUCGUAACCCUUACGGCCACAAUGCCGCUGUUACCGACUUCCUGAGCAACGUGUCGCGGUUCCAGAUCAUUGAGAGCACCCUCCGUGAGGGUGAGCAGUUCGCCAACGCCUUCUUUGAUACCGAGAAGAAGAUUCAGAUCGCCAAGGCUCUCGAUGACUUCGGUGUUGACUACAUCGAGCUUACUAGCCCUUGUGCUUCGGAACAGUCGAGACUUGACUGUGAGGCUAUUUGCAAUCUCGGUUUGAAGGCCAAGGUUCUCACCCACAUCCGUUGCCACAUGGACGAUGCUAGAAUCGCUGUUGAGACGGGUGUUGACGGAGUUGACGUCGUUAUUGGUACUUCGUCUUACCUCCGUGAGCACUCUCACGGCAAGGACAUGACCUACAUCAAGAACGCUGCCAUCGAAGUCAUCGAGUUCGUCAAGUCCAAGGGCAUUGAGAUUCGUUUCUCCUCUGAGGACUCGUUCCGUUCGGAUCUCGUUGACCUCCUUUCCAUCUACUCUGCUGUUGACAAGGUCGGUGUCAACCGUGUUGGUAUUGCUGACACUGUUGGUUGCGCCUCUCCCCGCCAGGUCUACGAGCUUGUCCGUGUCCUGAGAGGUGUUGUCAGCUGUGACAUUGAAACUCACUUCCACAACGACACUGGAUGCGCUAUCGCCAACGCCUACUGUGCCCUCGAGGCCGGUGCCACUCACAUUGACACCUCGGUCCUCGGUAUUGGUGAGCGUAACGGUAUCACCCCUCUCGGUGGUCUGAUGGCCCGUAUGAUGGUUGCCGACCGCGACUACGUCAAGAGCAAGUACAAGCUCGAGAAGCUCAAGGACAUUGAGGACCUCGUUGCCGAGGCCGUUGAGGUCAACAUUCCUUUCAACAACUACAUCACCGGUUUCUGUGCUUUCACCCACAAGGCUGGUAUCCAUGCCAAGGCCAUCCUGAACAACCCCAGCACCUACGAAAUCAUCAACCCUGCCGACUUUGGCAUGUCCCGCUAUGUUCACUUCGCUUCUCGCCUGACUGGCUGGAACGCCAUCAAGUCGCGUGCCCAGCAGCUCAACAUCGAGAUGACCGACAACCAGUACAAGGAGUGCACUUUCAAGAUCAAGGCCCUUGCUGACAUCCGGCCCAUCGCUGUCGAUGAUGCCGACAGCAUCAUCCGCGCUUACUACCGCAACAUCAAGUCGGGAGAGAACAACCCCCUUCUAGACCUGACUGCCGAGGAGCAGGUUCAGCUUGCCGCCAAGGAGAAGGAGUUGGCCGAGCAGGGCAACACCUCAUAAAGUGGUAAAGUCGACACCAUUUUCUAUAUUGCAUAUCUUUCAUUUAUCAUGUUCCAUAUACGUCUGUUUUCAUUUUUUCUUGCUUUUUUAUUGGUCAUGUAUUGCGCUCCCAGCGACUCUCCGUCUAGGGAGAGAUGUGAAUUUUGAUGAUUUGAUGCUUUAUGUGUUCUGGGUAUAUUCCAUUGUGUAUUUAACGGGGAUGGGGAGUUCUAAAAGUCUUCGAGAUGGUCAUAAAAGAAUGAGACAAGGGAAUUUUAUAACGGAAAAUGACGCGAGAGACUGGUGUUCAGAGGGCUUAUCUAUCCUGUAUAUAGCAGGUUUUGAGUGGCUAUAUUAGCAUUUAAAUUUCAUGCUUUAUCACGCUCGUC